AUGUUUUUAUCAACUCUUCUCGGCGUCGUGUCGCUCCUAAUUGCCGUCGCCAAUGCCUCCCUUUCGACUGAUAUCCUAUACUGGCCUGUAGGAUCGUCACACCCAUCGGUCCUAGCACGCGUCUCCUAUGACCCGACAUCGUUGAAAUCGGACGUGGUCUCGUAUCACCCACCAAAAGAUGAUCAAGGCGAUGAUCUAGUUCGGGUCGGUCUCUAUACCUCAGCCACAACCGGAAAGCAAUGGGUCGGCAGUCUUGUCUCGUUGUCCUCUUUAUCGACAGAUGAGCAACCUACCUUUCGCCUUCAUCUCGAUUCAGCCAACGAAGCCUACGCUGUCUCCCUGGCUGCACCUUCUACUGCCGAGCAUUCGACAACUGGUGCUCGGGUAGAACUCAUCUCAAAUGAAUCUGGGAUACAGCCUCAUCUGAACCGCCCAGUCGUCGUCGGCCCCGAUGGCCAAAACCCAGACCAACCCGAAGAGAAGUCACUUCUGCAGAAGUAUUGGUGGGUUCUUCUUAUCGUCACUUUCAUCAGUAUGUCGGGUGGUGGUGGGGGAGAAGGACAGUGA